AUGGCGGCUCCCGGCCGCCCCGCGGCCCUCCUGCUCCUGCUGCGCCUCGGCCUGGCGGCGGCCUUUCCCAACGGCCGCGUGACCGAGUCCUGCGGGGACAUGGUGCCCCGGCACGGCCACCCCCCGAGCCCCGACCCCAAACACAGCGUGGCGGUGGCCCGGACGACCUUCUCGCCGGGGGACCAGAUCGAAGUGGCUGUGUCGGGGCCGGAGUUCAAGGGCUUCCUCCUGGAGGCCCGGGAUGCCGAGGACCCGGGCGGCGCCCCCGUGGGCUCCUUCACGCUGAUCGACAAAGAGGUGUCCCAGCUGCUGGCCUGCGGGGGUAAAGAGGGGUCCGCCGUGAGCCACACCAGUGCGCACAAGAAGACCGCCGUGAGGGCCCUCUGGGACGCCCCCCGCAGCGCCCCGAACCACGUGCAGUUCCUGGCCACGGUGGUGGAGAAGUACAAGAGCUACUGGGUGAGGAUUCCCAGUCCGGUCAUCUCCCAGCCCAAGGCCCCGCCGCUCUCCACGCCCGCGGCGACCCCUGCGCCUUCGCCAGCCUCGCCUGCCGCCUCCGUUCUCUCCGAGCCAUUCAGUGCCGCGGGCUGCGGGAGCAGCAAGUUCUGCGUGCGGAGCCCCGCGGCCUGCGACCCAGCGGCGGAGCGCGCCUGCCUCUUCCUGUCCUUCACGCCGGACGGCCGGUCGGUGACGGUGGAGCUGAGCGGCCCCAGCCAAGGCUACCUGUCCUUCGCCUUGUCCCACGACAGGUGGAUGGGCGAUGACGAUGCUUACCUGUGUAUCCAUGACAACCAGGCCGUGAGCAUCCGACCUGCCCAUCUGACUGGGCGGAGCCACCCUGUCCUGGACUCCUGGGACACCCUGGAGGGAGUGGCCUGGCGGCUGCAGGACGACGGGAUGCAGUGUUCUUUCCGGAGAGACAUCGCCCUUCCCGGGGUGAAGAGCAGGUUUGACCUAAACACCAGCUACUACAUCUUUCUAGCAACGGGAGCGGCCGAGGAUGGUAAAAUUUAUAGACACUCCCAGCAGCCUCUGAUUACAUACGAAAAACAUGACGUGACAGGUGACCCGCAGGACGUGGGAGCAUCUCAGGCCCAGCCCUUGCUGAGGGCUCACGGGGCCCUGAUGCUCGUGGGCUGGAUGACCACGGUCAGUGUGGGCGUCAUCGUUGCCCGCUUCUUCAAGCCCGUCCUGUCCAGGCCUCUGUUUGGCGAAGCCGCCUGGUUUCAGGUGCACCGGGCGCUCAUGCUCCUCACCUCCGUCCUCACCUGCAUCGCCUUCGUCCUGCCCUUCCUCUACCGGCGAGGCUGGAGCAGCCACGCAGGUUACCACCCCUACCUCGGCUGUGUGGUGCUGGUGCUGGCGGUCCUGCAGCUGCUGCUGGCAGUCCUGAGGCCAGCUCUGAACGACCCCAGGAGGCAGCUGUUCAACUGGACUCACUGGGGGCUGGGGACCGUGGCCAGGAUUGUGGCAGUGGCCGCGAUGUUCCUGGGGACGGACCUGCCGGCGCUGGCCCUGCCCGGCCCGUGGAAGACCUACACCAUGCUGGGCUUCGUCGCCUGGCACGUGGGGACCGAGGUGCUGCUGGAGGUGCACUCUUACCGCCUCUCACGCAAAGUUGAAAUACUGGAUGACACUAGAAUUCAGAUUAUGCAGCCCUUUACCAUGGCUGAGGCAGAAGAAGGCCACGGCUUUAAGAAGGCGGUGCUAGCCGUGUAUGUCUGUGGGAACGUGACUUUUCUCGUCAUUUUCUUGUCUGCCGUCAGCCGUCUCUGA